CGGUGUGCUGUGAUCAGGUCCUGGUGUUAGGAGUUGAAGAAGUAGCGGAUUUAAAAACUUUCUGUCUGCUAUCCUGUUCGGCGAAAUAGCACUUCAAGAAGAGUCCCUGUUUUCCAAAAGGAAAAGAAAUGGCGUUUUAAAUCAUAUCUGUAUUCCUGCUUUCCGUGAAAAUUCGUGUGCUUUGCUUCCCGCAACGCACUUUAAAAGACAAUUCUGAAACUAUGGGGUGUAUCACAGCUAUUUCCUCCACUUAUUGCACGAUUUGUGCUUUUGAACAAUUUGAUCGUAGCAGACGACACAAUGGCGGCAUCGAUCCUUCGCAGCAAAAUUCCUCUCAUUUCCACAGUCGAGCUUGGCGCUCUCCUUCUUCGACAGGCUAGCAUUCCUAGCCAAUCAGAGCCUGCAACAGGGGUGGAGCCAGUGGAGAGGCAGCACAUAAUUGGUGAUGGUCACUCAGAUUGGAUGACAGAAAAAGUUGAUUUGUCUUCAUUUGUGUCGACGACUGAGUCUUCUCCGAGCUCAUCACUUCCACCCUCACCAUUAGACCAGGAUGUCAAGGUGCCCUCGGAUCUGGAGGUCAUGACCUCUCUAUUGCAGGAGGAGCUAGCUCAGCUUGAGGACUACUUCCGUUCUGAGUCCACAUCAACAACAAAUAAGUUGGACAAAUCCUCAAAAUGUGACAAAGGUGCCCAAGCCAUGGGCUCCCAGUCUUAUUAUCAGUUGCCCUAUGGUUCGUAUGGGACCAGCCAAUCAGAAACAAGCCCUGUGGUUGUUACCUUGGCAACAGGGGAACUGGACCUGGCCAGCUUCUGUGGUGGUCCGAUUGGAAGAACCAAAAUUGCUCGACCUGCUCCAUACAACUACCAUCACCGCUACCACCAUAAUAACGGGCGAAGAAUAAUCAGUGAGGCUGUGAAAGUCGGGGACGAAGUUGGACUUGAUACAUGGGGAACCAGAGGAAGUUACUCAGGAAGCACAGAGUUGUCUGUGAACCAUUACUCUACACUGAAGACAGUAAGCAAGAGCAGCCUUGGUAGUGUUAAGAAGGUGAGAGAAUGUGCUUUAUCAUUGAAGGAAGAGGACAGUUAUUUUUCAGAAGGAAUGUUUUGUAGCGAAGAGAUUGCUCGAGGUUUUUGUUUGGGUGGCUCAUAUGACAGCCAUCACAAGCGAGAGGGACAGUUGAUGCACAAUGUGAAGGUCAACGUAAGUUACGACAGCACAGGGCUUGACAUCUUGCACUGCAGCAAAGAUGGAGGACUUUCUGGAAAUAUACCCCAAGAGACAAUGAUGUCCAGUGAUGGCUACUUCCACCAGUCAAUGGCGAGCACAGAACCUUACCAUAGCUUUAUAGGUGAUCUAGAUCAGCAGUCACAAGCACAGGCUGUAGAGCCCCAACAUGGCCACUACCUCUAUCCAGAAUGCCUUGCAGACCAAAGCUAUGAAUGUCUGUCCAGAGGUGAGGACAAUGGGCCACUGAUGGGGAACCCUAUCCACCGCCCUUCCCACAGGCUAAAGGACGACCCCUGCUCAAUGAAGCCAUCUCUGGUGAUGGGCGCAGUUUCUCUGGAUGCCAGCAGUGGAGAAAGAAAGCAGAAGAAGAGAGAUCAGAAUAAAACUGCUGCUCAUAGGUACAGGCUGCGUAAGAGGGCGGAGCUGGAUUCUCUGGAAGAGGAGCUACAUGGCCUUGAGGGGCAGAACCGGGAGCUUCGUGACAAGGCGGAGUCUGUGGAGCGAGAAAUCCAAUACGUCAAAGAUUUACUGAUCGAGGUCUACAAGGCUCGCAGUCAGCGUCUCAAACAGGAUGGCAGUGCCUAACAAUGCUAAUGCUGACCUCACCACAAACCUCCCAAACAGCAUCAAGAGACAAAGCACAACACCAACUGAUUUUGGCACCAAAAAAUGUAGUUACAUGUUUUUGGUAGUUCUUUUCUAAAAGCAAAUCUAAUAUUUCCAAGAGGAUGGCCAAACAAAAACACACCUUUUCCUAAAAAUAGAACAGCAGCUUCCAAAUGGGUGACUAAACUACAUGUAUAACGAGCCUUUGUGAGUAGGCUUCUGGAGGAGAUGGUGAACUUGUCCGUGACCACUGUGAUCCGAACUGCAUUCACAGCCUUGUGAUGACUGAGUUUUGGGCUUGCAACAAUCGAUCGUUUACAAAACACCUUUGAGUUAGUAUUAGUGAUUGAACUCCUGUGGUUUUUGUGAUCAGCAGCAUCGGGGCAGAUCCAUACUAUUAAAUAUAUUUUUAUUUUCCAUUUUAUUUUGUCUUAAUGUUCAUUUGCUUACACAAUCUACUAAAUAAAGGGAUUGCUUGAAAACGUGUGUAACAUGCUCUACAAAUAUUCAUUAUCAGAAACAUUUAGAGAUUUGUAUUGCUAAAAUGUUGAGUAUUUACACCUUUACCCCACUGAAUACCCAAUGCAUGUUUGAUUUUGGAAAAGCAUGUGUGAGUGUUAUUUGAAGGCAGUAUUCUGUUAAGUGCAUGGCUUUAAGAUCUCCAAUCCGUCAGUUUAUCUGAGUUGACUUUCUUCUUGUCAUCAGCUGGUGACGUGAGUUCCCUCCAGCAUGACUCAUGCUCAGGUUUUGGUUUUCUGCUUGGAGAAACAGGAACUUUUGCCGUCUUCUUUUUUUUUCUCUUCUCUCGCUCUCUCGGCUGUAUUUUGCGAACAAACAAUCACUUGUUGAUACAACAAUAAAACGUUGGGUAAGGGUAACUUCGUGGGAAUUAUGUUUUCAAAGUUGAUAAACUAAUUUGUCUCAUUUCAGGUCCUUUAACCUGUCAUUGUCAGGUCAAUUACAGCCAAAUAAAAAAACUUAUGUAGUUUCA